AUGCGCUCAUUCGCCUUCUUCGCCGCCUUACCACUCCUGGCAUCUGCCUGGACCGAACACACACUCCUCACCCGUGCGACUGGAAACGCGACAGCUUGCGAAUCAGGCGAUAAAGUGUGCGGGGCCUUCUGCAUACCUUCGACUUACACCUGCUGCCCUGAUCUGGAGGGAGGAUGCCAAACGUCCAAAUCCGUAUGCCAGGAAGGGGACAAUGGUGUCUACGGAUGCUGCCCGAUCGGCGAGACAUGCACAGGCAACGGAGGUGCCGAGUUCUUGGAUGACUCGUCGGACGACAACGACAGCACCGAUUCAUCUUCCGAAGGCUCAACCGAUAUAGAAACGGCUACAGCCUCCAACGACGCACGACCUGUUGUCCUCAGCCAGGGCUUGAUGGUCGCGGUUGUCGCUGCUGGUAUUGUCGGCCUGUUAUAA